UAUAUUUACAGAUGGAAAUGCAUAAAAAUCCCAAUGCAAAAAGAAAUUCUUUGCGUGGCGAUGUGAUGACACUAAAAGAACCUCACAGAAAUGGCAGUACAUAUGGCGCCUUUCAAUCAAAAGAUCCUAUUUUGGCAAUGGAAAAGGGUUCCGAAAUGGAAGAUAGAAAUGAGCAUGGAAUUUCUGUUCAUCAUCCAACCUCGUACUUAGAAACAAUGAUGCACCUAUUCAAAGGUAAUGUCGGUUCGGGAAUCUUUGCAUUAGGGGAUGCUUUCAAACAUGCUGGACUACUGUUAGCUCCUCCACUUACCAUGUUCCUCGGGGUUAUUUGUGUUCAUGCUCAACAUAUUCUUAUUAAAUGCAACGAAGAAGUGACGCGUCGUGUUAAUGAUCCGAAUGCUACGACUGGAUUUGCUGGUACAGUAGAAUUGUGCUUCGCCACUGGUCCUCUCUCACUCCGAAAAUACUCUGUGUUUAUGAGAAAAUUGGUUAAUAUAUUUUUAUGUAUCACGCAACUCGGAUUUUGCUGUGUAUAUUUUGUUUUCAUUGCGAAGAAUAUGAAACUGGUGAUGGAUGUAUACGGGAUUGAGAUGGAUGUUCACCAACACAUGGCUGUCAUCCUAAUUCCUAUAAUGCUGAGCACGUGGAUCAGGAAUCUAAAAUACCUAGUGCCUGUCUCUUCGAUGGCGAAUUUUUUGGUUAUAGCUGGCUAUGUCGCCACUAUGUACAUAAUGUGCAACGAUUUACCAUCGAUUCAUGAGAGGCGAUACAUCGCCGAUUGGCAUGAUUUGCCUCUGUUUUUUGGCACUGUGAUAUAUUCUUUCGAGGGUAUCACUUUGGUUUUACCUUUGAAAAAUGAAAUGAAGAAACCGAACAAUUUCAGUAAGCCACUUGGAGUUUUAAAUGUUGGAAUGGUGAUUGUCGGUGGAAUGUUCGUCGCAAUGGGUUUUAUAUCUUAUUUAAAAUAUGGUGAUGCAGUAGCUGGAUCCGUAACGUUAAACCUUGAAUCUAAGGAAGUGAUGGAUGGAAAAAUCAUCGUCGAGCACACAAGUUUACCUCAGUGUAUACAAGUUGCCAUUUCAUUGAGUAUCUUACUCACAUAUGCAUUGCAAUUCUACGUUCCCAUUGCGAUUAUAUGGCCGGAAAUUGUCAAUCGUUUUGGUCCCUUUAACUGGCCUGUUCUAUCAGAAACUAUUUUUCGUUCUACAAUGUGUUUAUUAACAUUUAUUCUAGCUGAGGCGAUACCUCAACUGGGUUUGUUUAUAUCACUAGUCGGUGCAGUUAGUAGUACUGCCCUAGCAUUGAUAUUUCCACCAAUCAUUGAAAUGGUUGUAUGCUGGCAAAAUGCAUCCUUGGGCAUCUGUACAAUAUCGAAAGACAUCUUGAUAGUUUUGAUCGGUCUUCUUGGUUUCAUUACUGGGACGUACGAAAGUAUAACUUCGAUCAUUAAAGUGUUUAGUACGUAGUAAUUAGAUUAGUUUGUUGUAUAAAUCGUUAUUAGUUUUUUACAUGUACGUAUACAUAUGUAGAUACAUAUACAUUCUAUAAUACUAAUAGAUCAUGACAUCUAAAUUCUCUAGAUUAUUGUUAAUAAUAAUAUUAUUUAU